AGGGACACUUAUGUGGAUAGAAUUACAAUGAGACCUUUAAACAUCUAAGGAAAUCAUCUCUCCGACUCUUCUCCCUAAGAGUGUGUUUUCUACCAGCAUGAGUUCUGAGUGCACAAGCUACUACAGCGCAGAGAAUGUGUUUAUGAAUGGCUCUUCAUGUCCUAAAGAAGGGAGCGAUCCGAGCGCGACAUUCUGCUGCGGAUUUAACGAUAUCAAGUAUUGCUGUGAUGAUCCCAACAGCUUUUUCCCUUAUGAGUAUGGAUACAUGUGGUGGCUCAGCUUUGGGGCUCUGAUAGGUCUAUCCAUAGCAGCAGUGGUCCUCCUGGCCUUCCUCAUCACAGUCUGUGUCCUCUGCUACCUCUUCAUCGCCACUAAGCCCAGUCGUCUUGACAACGGCCUGCCACUACGACCACCAGGGUUGGACCCCCGUGAGGGCCCCAGCCACUCCGGCCCAGCACCGUCCAUCGGCCCUCAGGGCUUCAGGAAGCACUUCUUCAGCAGGAAGCUGGACUGUGACAACCAGCCACCCGACCCUGAGAGAUUGUUCCAGAGGUGCUUCGUCACCACCGUCAACAUGGAGGGCCCAUCGUAGUGCUCUUAAUAUGUAGGGCAUUUUGUAGGAUGCUUAGGAGGUAAUGGAGGGCCCUUCGUAGGACGCAUAAAGGCCCAGUGCAGUCAAAAACGUGAUUUAUUUGUGUUUGAUAUAUAUUUAGUUUGGGAUAAUACUGUGACAUUUUUUAAAUAAUGAUGAUGCCCUAUUAGUGUAAGAGAUGUUUGUAAAAGACUGCCUGAAAUUUCAGCCUGUUUUGGUGGGAUGGAGUUUUGGCCUGACUGGUAACAUCACCAGGCAGUAAAUUGGUUAAUAUAUUAAUAGGCCAAUAAGAAAGAGAGUUCCAAAAACUCAGCCAAUAACAGCUAGUUUUCAGUUUUCUCCUCCUCCCAGACAGUCCAUUCAAAGUUCUUGCAUGAGAAAUUGCUCUUGUUAAGAAGCCAUUGUUUCGUUUUGACCAUUUUGGUUCAAAACAAUCACAUUAAGGUACUUAAUUGUUACCCAGAAAUGAUUUGAUAUUAAGAUAAAAAUGGAUGCAUUGGGCCUUUAAUAUGAAGGGCGCUUCGUAGGACGUUGUCUUCUAAAGGCAGCCAGAUGCUUACUUGUUCUGACUGGAAAUGAGUGUAUAGAAGACUGUGCCACACAGUGGGAGGACUGGAGAAGCAACAACCAUUAAUGACCAUGUUCUGUAUGGACUGGAGUAGUACUGAGUUUGUCAAUGUUCAAACAGUGGUUGGCUGGUUAACCCACUCUAGAAACAUUUCAGUUGAGCUUUUUUUUUUCUGUUGAUGAAAAUAAACUUAAAAAACAGAAAGACAGAAGUCACACUGGACAACUGUGGAGCCGAAGCAUUGUCUGUCUUGCCUCACCUCUGUAUUCCAAUGUUGUUUGAUGAAGCAAGAGAAAGGACAGAUGGAAAUCUUUUCAGUCAAUAUUUUGUGUUGAGAAAUCCAUUUUAACUGUGUCUGAUUUAACAGAAGCUCGUGUGUCUUCAAGACAGACACUCUGAGAUAACAAGCUCCUCAAACCAGCAUUACUGAACUUCAACGCUGACAGUUUGUGUGAUUCUUCACCUUCUAUCUGGACACCUGUUUUCGAUCGUCUACGUCUCAGUGUGUGAAAUGUUUAUUUGGUUGAGAAUGUUGCCAAUGGGACAACAAGUGUCUACAGCGUAUUUGCAUCCAAUAGAACUGAUAAGGAAGUAAAUCAGACAUAGUACAACACAUAACAAACAGAAAGCCUCAGAGUUCCAGUUACCUUAACUUGGCCCCUGUUUUCAAAGCGUUCCAGGUGGAAUCCAUAAAGGUAAAACUGCCACGUCCUUCUGCGAUAUUACAACAACAAAUAAGUCACUCCCUCUGACAUCAUCAUCAUUCCACGCGCGAUAGGCCAACAGCGUACGUACUGUAAUUAUUUAUUUUCACGAUGCUGGACACUCCAUAACUCUCGGUUUCAUCAACAAAAACAAUAACAAAUGUGCUGGCGCGCACAGCGGCGUCGUUUGCCCUUAUGUGGAUUUCAGCUUUAAAAAGGUCAUGUCUGUUAUAAUAUAAAAUACAUGAAAUUGCUUGUUGAAACAUUGCAUGUUGAACUGUCAUCUGUAAACUGUUGGAUUUUCUCACAACUCAGCAUUGAUUAUGGCAGAGAUUAUAGAACCUAUUCCCAUAUGUUCCACCGCUGUCCAUGCUGCUGUCCCCCCCCCCAUGUUCAGAAACACUUUCAUUCAUGUGGUCAAAGUCAUUGUGUCGCCAAUUUGCCAUAUACAAUGGCUGCAUGCCAUGAGGCAUCACUUGUGUGAGUCACUUCUUUGUUAGUCAUGCUUCAAAUAGAGAGUAACUUGUCAAAGAGGAAAGAUGUUGCAUCUUUAUGGUGUGUUAUCACAGCAGGCACCAAGUUUGAUGUUUUCUCAAUCUAUUAGUGUGUGGCUGAGUGCACAACACAUUCAAAUGUACUUACAAAAAUAAAUGCAUGUGGCCUUUCAAUAUUCAAAGUGCUUUAUAAAAACAAAACUA